CUCGGAUGGAUCCAUCGGGCCCUCUGGACUUCGGAAGUGUGCUCCUAGCGGAAAGGGGAGAAGUGCCUGUACCAGGAUCCAAGCGCAGGAGGCUCCAAGGCGCAUGCGAGGAGUGUAGGAGACGCAAAGUUCGAUGCAAUAGAAUGACUAUGCCCGGGCAUGUUUGUUCGAACUGCAUCUCGUUCAACAUUUUGUGCGCAGAUCCUUCGUCUGAUAAUUCCUCGAAGAAUAAGAACUCUAAUCUACCCUCCAUGUCACCACAGUCUCCACCAAGUUCCACCCCGACCAAAGCCUCUCCUUUCCCCAAGACGGCGGCAGAUCACGUCGACGCCAUCCUCACCCAAUCUACCGCUUACAUUCCCACUGACCAACUGCGCGCGAUUCUUCUCGACGUGGCACGAUACUGUCGUCAAGUGGAGGAUAAACUCACCGUGUGCGAGAAAGAACGGAGCGCAGUUCUGACGCAGCCCGCCGAUUCCCAGACCGCGUCCAGCCCUGCAUCGGACACCAAGCCGAGCCGAGCGCCGUCGCCAGAUCGGGUCAUGCUUCUGACGGACUCGUUCCUGGGCAUGUCGCUAUUCAAUCCGACGCGGACACGCUACUUCGGGCGGUCGAGUGUCACGUUCCUCGUGUCGAGGGCGGUGCAGAUGAGGAUGGCGCAUGAGAGCGGGGGCUCGAAAUCAGAGAUGCGUCCGGUGCGGAGGCCGCAGUUCGUGCACAGUCCCUGGGAGAGCACGUACCCAGAACCGCCUCCGGUGUAUUCAUUUCCUCCUGCCGACCUUCUGCAUGACCUCGUCACGAUCUUUUUCGAGAAACUCAACAUCGUGUUCUUCUUGUUGCACCGAGCGUCUUUCGAGCGCUCAGUCGCAUCGGGAAUGCACCUUCUCGACCACUCAUUCGGAGGGCUGCUUCUAGCUGUCCUUGCCCUGGCUUCCAAAUUCUCCGAUGACCCGCGUGUCAUCUACCCAGGGACGAACACGAGACUGAGCUCCGGGUGGCAGUGGUUCCAGCAGAUUCGGUACGGGGACAAUAAAGAUUUCUACUACGGAAUGGGGCUGCACGACGUGCAACGUACUCUGCUUACUAUUGCUUACCUCCAAGGCUCCAACUCCCCCUCGCCUUGCUGGAUCCUGACCGGUGUCGUCGUCCGGAGCCUGCAAGACAUCGGAAUCCAUAUGCUGCGCGUGCCGCUGGCCGAGAUGUCAACCGAAGUCGAGCUGUGGAAGCGCGCUUACUGGAUGGCCAUCGCCAGCGACACCCUCAGCAGUGCCUUCCUAGGUCGUCCCAGAGCGACGAGGGACGAAGAUUACGAGCUGGACUAUCCGGUGGACUGCGACGACGAGUAUUGGGAGCAUGCGGACCCCACACAGCGGUUCCGCCAACCCGAAGGGAAGCCGCGCCAAUGGGCCUUUGCUCUUCUCUAUGUCAAAUUAAUGGAGAUCUUGGGCAAAGCCCAGAAAACCAUUUACAGCACCCAGGGAACACAGAAUGGCCAAGAGUGGACACAGGGAAUGGUCGUUGAGCUCGACUCAGCUCUGAACAACUGGAUGGACUCUAUCCCGGAAUAUCUCCGCUGGAACCCUCAGCUGGAACAGGAGCCUUUUGCCAGCCAGUCGGCUUGUCUCAUGGCCGGGUACUACCACGUUCAAAUCCAAAUCCACCGCAGUUUUAUCCCGUCGCCGACGCAAGAUAACUACCUCUCUACUUCCUUCCCUUCGCUCGCCAUCUGCGCAAACUCCGCUCGCUCAUGCAGUCACGUGAUAGAUGUUCAAACCAAACGAAAGCUGAUACACCAUCCGCAAGUGAUGGCUGCGAUCGUCGAUUCUGCGAUUAUUCUGCUGAUCAAUGUAUGGGGCUCGCGGCAGUCGGGGGGAAAACAUCCUCUGAGUGCAGCACGGGUGGCCAAGGAUGUGCAGAAAUGCAUCAACGCUUUGAGAGUAUACGAGGAAAGAUGGCAGUAUGCCGGACGAUACUGUGACUACAUAUUCACGAUCGGGAACCAGUUUCUCAGUGGUCCCUCGAACGAAGAUGUUGAAACGAAAGAUCUCAAGCGCCCGCGAGAAGACGAAGACGAUGGGACGCAGCGGUUUGGGGCUCCUCCUCAGGACACAGCCACAACCGAGUACGAACAUGGCACACUUCCCAUGUCGACUGAAGAGCUAGGCACGCUGCCCAUCUACCAGUCCUUCGAUUGGGCGAGUCCGGUCAUCCAAGAUUCAGGGUUUGAGUUUGCCGGCAAGCUCGGAAGCUCCCAGUUUCUUGCCAUACCAGGCAGAGAGUGCAGAAGAUUGGUCCACGCGCGAUUGGUCUCAGUACAUAGACAUCGAGCUGUGGUUGCAGCAGAGUCUGUCUGAUGCGCAGUAGGAUCUGCGUCCGGCUCUAUGCUUGUUUGCAUAUGCUGCAUGGUCUGUUGUUAUUUCUGUUACAUUAUCAGAAUCGUUGUAAUCAUAAAAACGGAGUUCGAAGCUGAGCCUCUGUCAGACGGCUCAGCUCCAUUGCUACGCGUCAUACACUCGGUGGGUGGAGGCACCUGGCCGACUUCGGACGCGAUCUCUGGU